AUGAUUCUUCCACCACCACCACCUCCUAACGCCUACCCAUACACCCCGACACCAACUUUCGUCCCGGUUCACCCGCGCCCAUGGCUAUCUCUCCUACCCCACCCGGCCCUCUCCUCGAAAUCAACCAUAUUCCCACAACUUCCUUCACCACCGCGCGAUCCAACCUUCACGGAUGAAUUUACCCUUACCACGCAUGUCGUUCCGGGCGCAUACCCGCGUGUCUCCCCCGACGUCCCACUCCCGACGUCGCCGCCUUUCACGGGAAACUCAGCAGAGCGCAAGGGGCGCGUGAAGGAGCUCACGAUGGAGAUGAUAGGCUUGCAGGCGAGGCACGAGCGUGGGGAACAGGUCGCACAAGGUACUCAGGGCGAGAAGGAUGUGGUGUGGUGUGUGAUCAAUCGGUUCAGGAGGAAGAGACUGGUGAGGAGAGGGAAGGAGGGCAAGAGUCUGACUUUGUUCUUGGCCCAUGCGAACGGUUUCCCGAAGGAGACAUGGGAGGUUGCGCUACGUGCAUUACUGACGAGCCCAGCUGGAGAACUCAUCGACGAGGUAUGGGCGUGGGAGGCAGCGCAGCAUGGAGACUCGGGCCUGCUCAACGACGGAGUCCUCGGCGGACUGUUCGACUGGGCGGACAAUGCGCGGGAUAUGGCACAGUUCUUCCUCUCAUAUCUCCCAGAUGGCGCAGACGCAGAACUCUCGACACACCUUCCGCGUCUGAGCGAACAGGUCACCAGGUCCCGUAAAGAGUCAGGAUUAUCAAGGCGUACUCUUGUCGUUGCCGGGCACUCGUUCGGAGGGGCCACAUCCACACUUGUCGCCAAGGAGUUCCCUGCCCUGUUCGACGCUCUGAUCCUCAUCGAUCCUGUCAUCAUCCAGAACACCAAGUUCAACCCCGUGUUCAACACGGGCACUGUGACGGGGGCCAUUUCGCGCCGUACCAACUGGCCAACUCGAGAAGAAGCCCACAAGCUCCUCAAACAAUCCCCGUUUUUCAGCAUAUGGCACCCCGACGUCCUCGCUGCCUAUGUCGAGUACGGAACCGCCCCCUCGGCGAAGGAAGGCGGCGUAAGCCUCAAGAUGUCGGGCAUGCACGAAGCCGUGCUCUUUCUCAACGUGCGUGUCGCCGCCGAGGCAUGGGAGCAGCUCCGCGAGCUGGAUGAGCGCAUCGAGCUGAGAUUCGUCGCGCCGGACAAGGACAGGGGCGAAGUGACGUCGAACGGGCUCGGAGGUCCCGAGGCAUUUGCUGUGCGCGCGUGGCUUCGGCUGGCGAAUGCUUCGAACGUAGAUAUCAAGGGAGCGGGGCAUCUCAUCGUUCAGGAGCGGCCAUUGGAGCUUGCGGAGGAUAUGGCAGGCUUUUUAUUACGGCGAUAUGGUACCAGUCACAAGGCGCUCCUCUAG